AUGGUUCUAAUCAAUCGUAAACUACUUAAACUGGUAUUCUGGCCUCUCAUUUUCGUCUUGAUUGUUAUUUGGACAUCUUCAAGUUCAAAGAUACAUGGAGAUUCCUUUGGUUAUGCGGAAUCAAACUUAUCCUAUGGUUCCUAUGGUGCCGAUUUUGGCAAUUUCAAGCGAGCAUCACAAGCAAAAGAUCCGCCUGGUAUCACGAACAAAUCACUUACCCGUAACAAAUUUGUCGUGUUUGUACUUCAUGACACACUAUUAUUCAAGAUCAAGCGGCGAUACAAGUUCCUGGCAGCAAGGUUUAGAUACUACCCUAACACUGACGCCUCAUUCAACGUAGAAAGGAACCCUGGACCAACUACUUCUGAUGAAAAUAACUGGAAGAAGCCACCAACGGUGCGCAAUAAUUCUGCGAAAGUUAUAUCCAACACAUCGAAUUCUUGCAAGACCAAAGAUAACCAUGCAACGUUUUCUUUCCGUUGUUUGAGUUGGAACUGCCGCAGUCUAUUCAGUUGGCACAAAUUACCCGACGGAGAAACAUGGUCAAACCAUACAAACUUUCUGGAUUUAGCAUACUCUGAACCACUUGACAUGAUCUUUCUCACCGAAACCUGGUUGUCUGACAAACAUCUCGACAAAGAAAUUCUUCCUCAUAACUACGACGUAUUUCGUGUCGAUCGAAAACAUAAAACUGGAGGUGGUGUUCUUAUCGCUAUUAAGGAAUUCUCUUUUACUGAAGUUAAACAAGUGGCCAUUGAUCAAUACCCUGAUCUUGAAAUCGUUUGCGUUGAGUGUAGUACGGGCAAAGACAAGCAGACUCUUGUAGCUUGCUGCUACAGACCUCCAAAUUCUACCCAGAAUUGGUUUCUCUCUUUUAAAGAGUUCUUGAAGUGGGCUGGCCGUGCGUACGAGAAAAUAAUCAUCACCGGUGAUUUUAACUUUCCUAAAAUCUCGUGGUCUGAAAGUGCUGUAAUACCUGGUGGAGAACCUGAAUAUCUCUUUUACAAUACAUUGUCCGAUCAUUAUCUUAGUCAACUGGUUUACAUUCCAACAAGAGAACAGAACACUCUUGAUCUUCUCCUCACAAAUAUGCCUGACAACAUUGCUAAUGUCGAUAUCAUUGACUCCUCUACAUAUAAUUUAUUCUCGGAUCACAAAUGCAUUCUCUUUGAAUUCACGCAAAAAUUACCAGCUUCUCGCAAGAUCAGAAGAACAACUUACGAUUACAAACGUGCGGACUUUGAAGGAAUGAACAGGGCUCUGGAGACGUUCGAGUUUGAUUGGAUGACAAAUAAUUCCACCUCUGACAUUAACGACGAUUGGACUUGCUGGAGAGAUAGUUUUCUCACAAUCGCUGACAACUACAUUCCUCAGAAGACCAUCAAAGGAAAGUUUAAUCCACCAUGGAUUACUGGUGAAAUAUUGAAUGUGCUCAAAAAGAAAGAAACGGUUCGCCGAAAACUGCGACGCACCAUCAAGACUUGUGCAGACUCGAUCACGGAAAAGUAUAAAUCACUUCGAAAUACAGCCAAGAAGUUAAUUAAGGACAGUCGAGAAAAUUUUUUUGCUUCAAUGAGCAAGUCUCUGUAUUCCAACCCAAAACGCUUCUGGUCCUUCUUCAAAACAACCACUAAGUUUUGCAGAAUACCACAACAAGUGUCUUCUGCAAAUGGUACAAAUUCAUUGCGUACCAGUUCAAGCAACGCACAAGAAACAGCUAACCUUUUCAAUUAUUAUUUCAAUUCGGUGUUUUUAAAAGAGUCUGAUGAGAACUACAAUCCAGUUCCACCUGUUUCCAAUGAAUCCAUCACAGAGAUCAUCCUUGAACAGUGCGAAGUUCGCAAUGCACUCAACAGUCUGAAUCCCAAUAAAGCCUUUGGUCCUGACAACAUACCCACACGUUUAUUGAAGGAAUGUGCUUCUAGUAUCGCUCCAUCACUAACAUAUUUGUUCAAUAAAUCGCUAAACUCUGGCAAUCUACCGACGGAAUGGAAGCUCUCUAAUAUCGUUCCACUACACAAAAAGGGUAACAAAAGCUACGUUGAGAAUUACAGACCCAUCUCACUGAUGUGUGUGGUUGCGAAGGUUCUCGAGCGCUGCAUUUAUAAUCGAUUGGUAGAUCACAUUCAGAAAAUGUUAUCGGAUGAACAGCAUGGAUUUCUAAGAGGAAAAUCAUGUGUUGGCCAACUGCUUUCCGUUCUUGAUCGCAUCGGCAAAAACCUUGACAUGGGAUUGCAAACCGAUAUCUUGUAUCUGGAUAUUGCCAAAGCGUUUGACACCGUCGACCACAAACUACUUCUUCAGAAACUCUUUCAUUUCGGUGUCGCGGACAAAGUUUUAAACUGGUUUUCUAACUACCUUUCAGAGCGACAACAGCGUGUGUUAGUUCACGGUGCAACAUCAGAUUCCCUCCCAGUAACGUCUGGCGUCCCUCAAGGGUCGAUCCUUGGUCCAUUGUUAUUCUUAAUUUACGUCAAUGAUCUUCCUUCGUCAGUGUCUUCACCAUCUGUAAACGUUUCUCUAUUUGCUGACGACACAAAAUGCUUUUCAACCAUUGAGUCCCUAAGCGAUGCAAGGAACCUAAACACGGAAUUUAAAAAUGUGCAGAACUGGGCGCAUAGUUGGCGACUGAAUUUCAAUGCAGAGAAAUGCAAAGUCCUUAGUAUCACCAGAAAACGCUACCCAAUCGUUGCUGAAUACGUCAUCGAUGCCCGAGCUUUGCAACACGUUCCCAGUCAGAAAGACCUUGGAGGCAACACGUUCCCAGUCAGAAAGACCUUACAUGGUCUAUCCACAUACACGAGAAGAUUACCAAAGCGAACCGUAUGCUUGGCAUGCUGA